UCCUGCUUCUUUGCUUGGCCCUCACCAACUAAUUGCCGGUAUUUGGAUGAGGAAGGUGUUCAGAGAAUGACGUGUUCAAGAUCACACAGGUACCGGGGCCUUAUUCUGCUGCUCACCUUUCUCAUUUACACCUGUUACCACAUGUCUAGGAAGCCGAUCAGUGUUGUCAAGAGCCGGCUGCAUCGAAACUGUUCAGAGCUAGAAAGGCCCAACAAUGACUCCAACAGCACCACGUGGUGUAACUGGGCUCCAUUUGAUCAGGACAACUAUUCGCAACUGCUGGGGGGUGUGGAUGAUGCUUUUCUGAUUGCCUAUGCUGUUGGCAUGUUCAUCAGUGGAAUUUUUGGGGAGAGACUUCCCCUCCGCUAUUACCUGUUUGCUGGAAUGCUGCUGAGUGGGAUUUUCACUUCGCUCUUUGGCCUGGCUUAUUAUUGGAACAUUCACCAACUGUGGUACUUUGUACUUGUCCAGAUCUUUAAUGGACUGGCACAGACUACAGGCUGGCCAUCAGUGGUGACCUGUAUUGGUAACUGGUUUGGGAAGGGAAAGCGUGGAUUUAUUAUGGGUAUCUGGAACUCCCACACAUCUGUGGGCAACAUACUGGGCUCCCUGAUUGCAGGUAUCUGGGUGGAUUCAGCCUGGGGCCUGUCCUUCAUCAUGCCUGGUAUUGUCAUCGCUGUCAUGGGCCUCAUCAGCUUCUUCUUCCUUGUUGAGAACCCUGAAGAUGUGGACUGUACUCCACCUCAGCACCAUAAUGGGCCUGAUGAAGACCGGGGUACAUCUCUGGAUUUAGUGGCUGGGCAUUGCCCUGAGAGGAAGAGUAGAACUGAAAGUGCUGGAUGUUCCAAGGAAUCAAAUGAAAAGCUUGAGGCCAUCAGCUUCCUAGGGGCACUCAGGAUCCCGGGUGUAGUGGAGUUCUCCUUGUGUCUGCUGUUUGCCAAGCUGGUCAGCUAUACCUUCUUAUUUUGGUUGCCGCUCUACAUCGUUAAUGUGGCUCAUUUUGGAUCCAAGGAAGCUGGGGAUCUUUCUACCCUCUUUGAUGUUGGUGGCAUAAUAGGUGGCAUCCUUGCAGGGAUCAUCUCUGACUAUACCAAUGGCAGGGCCACUACCUGCUGUGUCAUGCUGAUUGUAGCUGCCCCUCUGCUAUUCCUGUACAACUCUGUUGGCCAGAAUGGGAUCAGUGGUUCUGUAGUGAUGUUGAUUAUCUGUGGGGCAUUGGUCAAUGGGCCCUAUGCUCUCAUCACCACUGCUGUCUCAGCUGACUUGGGUACACACAAGAGUCUGAGAAGCAAUGCAAAGGCACUUUCCACUGUGACAGCCAUUAUUGAUGGGACUGGCUCCGUGCUGCUUUGGGGCCUCUGCUAG